AUAAAGAGGGGCCAUCGCAUGCCACCGAGCUGUAGCCCGGAGGUGGAGGGUGGGCUUGCUCUCGGUGCAUGGCCAUUCCCUCUCUACCUUAGACAGCAGCUGGAGGAGGACAACAUCUUCUCCAGUCUCCACACGAGAAUAGAUAGAGCUUCUUCUUCCUCGUUUUUUUUCUUUCUUUGUUUCUUUCUUCUUCUUGAUCUAAAGCCGCUGCAUCGAUCAAUCCUAGCAUCCUUGCUGUUUUUCUUCCCCAAGGAUCUCGCUAGCUUCUUCUUGCAGAUUUCGCUCAAACUAAUACAAAGUUCUUUCAGCUUUUAACCUUCUCAGCAGUUCAUCUCCUUUUGAUUUCCUUUGUACUUCAGCAAUCCCAACGAAAACCCGUGUCUUUCUUGGAGCAAAAUAGCGCAGAGAGACCUAAGAAGUAAGACCUUCCAUCCUAGAUCAGCAAGAUGGAAAACGUUCUCCUGGAUCGAUCGUCUGGAAGCCUCGAGUUCCCGAAGAGGUCCCUCGGCCGCAGCCGGCGGGGGCUCGGCGCGAGGCCGGCGGGGCCGGGCGGCGCGUACGGCUCCUUCCCGACGCUCCAGCCAUACAACCACCUGCACAAAGGUGGCGCGUGGCCCUCCGCUCCCGCGCUUCCGUACGCGAGGCCUCCGAUAUACUCGUCGCCAUCUCUGCCUCUCCUACCGUCCAACCAACCGCCGCUCCUGCCGCUCCCACCCACCGCCACCAAGUACGCCAUUUUCCCCUGCCUACCGGCAGCUCCGCCUCCACCACCGCCGGCGCCACGCGCCGGCAGGGGUGCAGCGGUAACCACCACAGUCGUUCCAGCAGCAGCAGCAGCGCCAGCACCUGCGCGGCGUGAGAGGGACAGGAGGAGGAGGCCGGCAAGGCCGCCGCCGCCGUCGACGACGGAGGCGCCCAGGGCGCAGAAGAAGAAGCCGCUGGAGCGGGCGACGCCUCUACCGCUCGCGCCGGUGGUGACCGAGGCGCUGGACGACCUCGAGCAGGAGGUGGCCAGGAACUUCGUCCAGGACCUGCUGCACGCGCUCGCGCCGCCGCCCAGCAGCCUGCCGCUGCCCAGGUUCUCCCUCGUCAUGAAAGCGUCCCCUGCCACGGGCUCCAGGGCGGUGGCGCCGCCCGCGCCGUCCUGCAACGUGGAGGCGGCCAGCGCCCACGGCAUCCACGGUCUCCUCCGCCUGUAGGAGAGAAGCAAGCAAGGCUUCUCCGCCGCGUUUGGUAUUCUCUAUAAUAUUUCCCUCCAAUAUUAUUUUUUUGGCCGGGAAAAUUAAAUGCGUAUUAAAGGUAGAAGAAAAAUAUUGGGAGAAAAGAUGUGAUGCUCGAGCUAUGGUCGGUCGAGUUGUCCGUAGUGUGACUGUGAUGGUGGCGUUGGAUGGAUGCUAUCUCUGGCGGUGCAAAAGCGAGAGGAAGAAGACGAUGUCAGCUAAUGAGGUUAGUUUGUGGAAGACGCCAUGUGGUAGAUAUCUAGGGUUUUACGUGAUGUCUGCCGACGUAAGUACGUAACUUUGUACGACGCAGUACUGCUUUCUUGAUUGGGUGAUGGGUUUUUGAAUUACCUUGUAUCAAGAGAUUAAUUACUACAUAUAUGGUGUAUGCAAGUGGGUGUGAUGAUUUUAUUUAUAUAUAUAUACAAAAAAGAAUUGUGUGCUUGGCGAA